UGCACAAACACAAAAAAACGCGUCAUGGCGUUCCCUCGGCUGUCUGCCCCGAUGCUGUUGGCUUCAUUCAUCCUUCUUCUCUUCUGGACGACCUCCUCAGCAGGGUCACAUGACCCCACCUCAGCUGAUCUGUCUCCGCCCUACAGGGUGAAGAGAGACCUGCCUGUCAGCACAAGAGAGAGAGUGGCCGCGUCUUCGCAGGUGGUAAUAGAAAGCCUCACAGUAGUCAAAGAAGUUAUUGGAAAGAUGGACCCCGAGAAGUUGAAGUCGGUGAUGAAGACCCUCGCCGACUUUGCCAGCCUGGCGCCCGGCAUUGGAGCUCUGGUGUCCUCUGUUCUCAAUGUGGUCUUGGCCUUCAUCCCUCAGGAAGACGCUCAGAAGGAGCUGUUUGCUGAGGUCAACAGGAAGCUGGACUCUCUCUCCAUCCAGAUCUCCAACCUGGCAACAGACGUGGAGUGGUUCAACUACGCCAGCGUCUACUCUCAAGACGAGGUCCGCAUCCUCACUGCCUGGAACAAGUUCAAUGAGUUUCGUAAGAACAGCGCGUUGGUAGAUAAUGAGAGGGCCAAAGUCCGGCUGGCAGAAGUUUUCACCAGCUACUAUGAGAACACAGCCACUGAGGCCAGUGUGGCCAACCUCUACCUUUACCUGACGGUCAGCAGCACGUCUCUCAGCGGAAACCUCAACGAGCUGCUGAAGAAGAAGUUUAAAUGCGGCAUUCCUGAGAUCGGCAAAUAUAACCUCUAUUUCAGCAGCUUGCUGUGGAAGGGGAUGGUCCUCAACCAGGUCUACUGGAACCUGAUCGGCUUAAAUCCAUCAGGCAAAGAAGAAGAGCACACCCAGAUGUUCAAGAACGUGUACAGAGCUCAGAUAUCAGCUGUGUGGUUCUGCCUGGACAACUAUAAGCAGUACAUGAUAAAGGAUGUGGAGGAGAUCAGCAAAGCAAACAGUCCUGACAACAAAAAAAACAUCGCUGAUCAGGUGAAGAAUAAACUGGAUCAGAAGUACAACUGGUACAAAUGGGUGGUGCUGGUUUACAACUCAAACCAAGAGACAUAUCACAUCCUUUAUGAUAUGACUAAGAUCCCCGUGGGCGAGAUCACUGUUGCUGUGGCCAACAUUCAGAAAGAGGAACUUUACGCGGACUUUGAAAGAACGGCUGAUAGGUGCUUUAGUGGCAUAGGUUGUAAACAAGUGCCCAAUAAAAUAAAACAAUGUUAUUUCAAGAAUUACAAAUUAACAGAAUUAGUCAAGAUAACUGAUGCUACCCAAGGCCAAGGCUUUGUUGUGGUGCCAAAACCCUUUUACAAAGUUACAUGUAAUUGGGCUUUCAGUACAAGUGAGAUUCACAUGUAUCUCUCCCAAAGAAAAACCUAUAUCUGCAAGAAUAACCCAUGUGUAAACGGUGGAACGUGCAAGAGGCUGCUGGACACCAAUGAACAUCUGUGUGAGUGCCCUGAUGGUUUCCAUGGAGACAGAUGUGAAUUGAAAAUCAGAAUUAGCAAGCCCGAAAUGAUCAAUACAAACCGUCCUGUGCCCGACAUCAACACCAUUGACACCAAACUGAAAAUGUUGGAGUCCAAACUGGAGUAGCUUCUCAGGAGAGGUUCCGUUUAGAAGCAGAUAUCUGCUGACGAGCGAUGCAAACUAUGUACCCACACGUCAACCUGAGAACGGCACCAUACAUGUUAACCCAACUAGGAAACAUCGAUCUCAUCUGAAAAUAAAUAAUCAUAAAAAUCAUUUACAAAUCCAGGACAAGACAUUUGUCGUCAUCAUCUUGCUUCACUGCUCUGCUCUUGUUUGUAAUGAAAAUAAUCAGAUUUCAUGUUAUUAAAAAUCAACUUGAGCUUCA